UAACAUCUCACUACAGAGAAGCAGCUCCUCUGACGGAACAACCUGCUAUCUAUGUUAGCGGAGCAGACUGCGAGACAAGUUCACGCGCGGCAUACCGCUUAGCAAGGACUCCGUUUCAGCGAUGAGCCUGGUGUGUUCCGCGCUUUUAUCUUGAGGUGAUUUGUACGUCCGGGUCAUCGGUAUGGACUAUAGGAGUGGCCCCGGGCAAGGGAGAAUAGGUCAGAGCAGCCAGCCCGCCAUCAAGCGGGUCCACGCAGGCGGGCGGCCGUCGCAGGAGGGGCGAGCGAGCUCGCUGCGGAAGCUAGCGCGGCGAGAAGUGAGCGCGAGAGGGAACUGGGCGUUCAAGCGCGCCAGCUCGGAGGAGAAGUUCCGGAACUUCAGCCUGCAGGGCGAGUACGACACGUUCGACGCGAAAGCCGUGCACUUGGAGCGGCUGGCGUUUCUGAAGCGGCGAUCGCGAAUCGUGGAGAUCGUGGCGGCCAAGGACCUGCUCUUCACGCUCGCGCACUCCGGAGCAUGCGCCGCCAUCUGCCUAGCAGAGUCGCGGCGGCGGCUGUGCUACAUGAACGUGGGGUCGGAGGAGGUGAUUCGGAGCCUCUUCUUCAACAAGAACAACGACUCGCUCAUCACCGUCUCCGUCUACGCGCACGACAACUUCAGCUCGCUCAAAUGCAGAAGCACCCCGCUCGAGUACAUCCGGCGGGGCCAGCCCAGCGAGGGCUUCGCGCUGUUUGAGUCGGAGUCGCUGCGGUGGCCGGGCUUUGUGGAGUUUGACGACGUCAACGGCAAGGUCCUCACCUACUCCGCUGAAAAUGGGAUGUACAAGGUGUUUGACCUCCGCAACUACACACUUCUCUACAGUGUGCCUGACAAGAACAUACAGGAAAUCAAGAUCAGCCCGGGCAUCAUGCUGCUCAUCUACAAUCGUGCUGACGGCCACGUGCCGCUUAAGAUCCUGUCGAUUGAGGACGGGGCGGUGCUGGCGUCGUUUGUGCAGCUGCUGCAGCGCGGGAAGAAGGUGGACUUCAUCGAGCAGUUCAACGAGAAGCUGCUUGUCAAGCAGGAGAACGAAAACCUCCACAUCCUCGAUGUGCGCACGCGGGUGGAGGCGCAGGUGAGUCGCACGGAGUUCAUGACGCCGUCCGCGUUCAUCUUCCUCUACGAGAACCAGCUCUUCCUCACCUUCCGCAACCGCGCCGUGGCCGUGUGGAACUUCCGCGGGGAGAUGGUGACGGCGUUUGAGGACCACGUGUUGUGGUACCCUGACUGCAACACCAACAACAUCUACAUCACCUCCGACCAGGACCUCAUCAUCUCCUACUGCAAGCAGGAAGAGCUCUCGCAUGCGCCGCAUGUUGGCACCAUCAACAUCAGUAACAUCCUCACAGGCAAACUCCUGGCUAAAAUAUCUUCUGUUCCAGAGUUAGCUCAAGCCAAGUCCAAGUCUGUCCUAUCGACAGUACGGGAGGCUCUGGAAGAUGUUACAGCACUGUUUUAUGAUGAAGAUAGGAAUGAGAUAUACACUGGAAAUCGAAAUGGCUUUGUACAUGUUUGGACAAACUGAGCACGUCAAAAGCUUGCUUGCAUAUAGUACAGCCCCAUAUGUAUGAUCAAUUUGGUUGCAA